GUUAGAAAAAAUCUUAGAAGAGAACGAUCAUGUUGUUGUUUUCUUCUAUAGGGAAGGUGAUAAAAAAUCUCAAAAAAUAUUGAGUGAAUUAGAGAACAUUGACGAUGAGUGUGAAGAGAAAAAUAUUGAUUUCAUCAAAACAUCUGACGAGGGCGUCGAUAAAGAAUAUGACCUUCCAGACUUACCAGCCUUGGCAUUUUAUCGCCACAAAUUCAGAACAAUUUACGAUGGUGAUUUGAUGCAUGAAGAGGCCAUUCUGAAAUGGGUAUUAGAGCUUCAUGAUUCUCAACCAGAUGUUAUUGAGAGUGUCGAUAGAAAAACGCUUAAAGAUCUCAUUAAUGACGUGGAACAUCUUGCCGUAUUCUUUUAUAAUGAAGAUUGUGACACUUGUGAUGAUGUUUUAGAAGAAUUGGAAACAAUCGAUGACGAUACUGAUAAACAUGGUAUUCAGUUUGUAAAAUCGAAAGAUUCAAAAUUGGCAUCUGACAUUGGCAUUUUCAGUUUUCCAGCAUUAGUUUACUAUGAAACUGGUGUACCCAUCAUGUAUGAUGGUGAUUUAAAGAAUGAAAAUAAAGUUCUCCAGUGGCUUGUAGAUCAAAAAAUUACUAAUGCCUGCAGGUGAAGAUAGCCACCGAAAAAAUUAUACUACUAAUUCUAAAUCAAUGGCCAAUGCAGAUGGUGAUAAAGCCUCACGUCUUAUGCAAAAUAAACGCAAUACAAAUAGUAUAAAAAUUAAUUCACGGAAAGAGUCAGAUUGGAAGCCCGGAAAUAAACCAAAAGUAUCAUUGCAAACAAAAAAUAAACGACAGAAAGAUGAUGAUGAUGAUGAAGAAGGUGAUGAUGACGAUUAUGAUAAAAGUAUCGAAGAUCACUACAAUUCAAAUGACGAUAAUGGUGAUAAAGAUGAUGAUGAUGAUGAUGAAAUAUUUGACGAUAAUGACGUAGACAAUGACAUUGACAAUAUUGACGAUGACGACAAUGAUGAUGAAAGUGAUGAUGAUGAUGAUGAUAAUGAAAACGAUGAUUAUGAAGAUGAUGAUGAAUUAGACAGGAGAAUUGAUAUUGAAGAUGAUGAAGAAGAAGAAAAUGAAGGAUUUAGUUAUAUUGGUAGAAUAAAACAAGUUUCAACAGGUAAAUUGGUAGUUUUGGACCCUUACGAGAUGACCCUGCAUAGAGGCACCGAUGUACCCCAGUCACACAUCUGCAUGGUCGAGAAAUGGAUCCCGCAUUGGUCCUUAGUAGCUAUCGCCUGCAGUCAUUCGCGAACGCUUACCAAAUUAAAUGUUUUAGUUCUUAUACUAACAUAAUUUUUAGAAUUAAUAGCGCGCAUAACAAAUAGGCGCAUAAAUUACAAAUAUGCACAGUAUUAACUCUCAGUUAACUAUUACUGUAUUCUCGAAUUUUACGGGUUAUAAACAACAAAUUUUUACUGACUGCAGGCGAUCGCUGUUUCUACAUUGGAUUGGGGGCGAAACCGGCUGUCCCUAAAAUCACUUACGAACCCUACCAGUGCUGUCCUACUAAAGUACAGAGCCCGACAAAAGUAGCCAAAGCGACGCCAACCAAGGUCCCGCCAAAGAAACUCGAGAAGAAGCAACCCACGUUGGAAAAACCCACUAAGGGUAAAAAUAAGGCUCUCGCAGCUAAACCAGACAGACCAUCCAAAGGAAAAAAAGGUUUAUUCGGCUCUGACAAUGUUUGGUGGUGGUAAACAAUUAUUGUUGGAACCAUUAGUAUAGAUGAUGUUGUUACCGGAUGUGUACAUGUAUGGUAUCAAGUAGACACGAUUUUUUACCGUCAAGUUUCUUUCUAUUCUAUAGUCGAAAAUAUUACUUUGGUCUUAAUUACACCGUCAAACUAAUUCUUGUUUCUAACUUUAUAAUAAUCUAUUUUUCACUGAUUUCGUGUCUCUUGAUCCUUGCUUUACAUCUAACAGGGUUGUAUGUUGUAAUAAUAAUACGUUUUACGAGAACUUUUUUCACCAAAUUACAAUAAGGUUUUUGUUUUUAAUUAUACACUUAUUUACGAUGACAACCCACUCAGAUUUAAAACAAAGUAUUAUGCUCUUGAUAUUAAUAAAAAAGCAAGAGAGUUUAAGGAACUAAAUAUUGGAAUUUGUGGGACUUUAUCAUAACCAGGUGUACAAAUCUUUAUUUUGACAGUAAUAAAAUUUAAUUCCAAUAUUUAAAUCCUGAUAGCAAACAACGUCAAAAUAUAGGCAUUUUUUUGUAUUCACAUUGCCGUAUCAUCUUGAAAGACUUAUUGUUGUAAGUAUUUCACAUUCAUCUAGUUUUCUAGUCUUCAUGGAUUUUCAUUAUUCUAUAAUUCAUUUGGAAUACAACUAUUUAUUACUAGAUUUAAAACUUUUAAUAUAUCACAUUAUUAGAUGGGAACGAACAAAACUGAAAACAAACGCAAUUUCUAAUUUGUGUCAUGUUUCUUGAUACUGAUUGUAUUUAAAAUAUUUAAUUUCAAUACAGCAUAAGAGCAUGCUACGAGGUGUUAGAUAAAUGAGUGCGAAAAUUAAUUGUUUUUAUAAUAAAUAAAUGAUCUCGCACGAACUACGCUCAUAUUUAUUUGCUAGUAUAAGCUCUAACAAGGCUGGCGUUGUAAAACAAAUUACGAUAGAUUGUAUUGUUUGAAUUAAGCAUGGAUAUUUUAUAAUAUAUCUGUUACAAUUUAUUGUUGAAAUGGCGCUGAUACAAUAUUUUUGUUAAAUAAAUACAAUUUUCUAUUA